GUUUCUCUAAAUUUUUAAAGCAGUGUUACAUUUACCACUAUUGACUAUCACUGUAAAACUUUUUUUUUUUUUAUUUAUGGAGUUUUCUUAACAUAUAUUUUUAUACUUUCUAAAAGCAAAAUGGCGGAAAAGUCGGAUUCGGGAAAUGGUUCGUCUGUAGAAGAAAGUAAUCAUUUAACUGACAAACUAAUUUCUAAAACUAAUGCAGAAGGAAAGACACAAAAAAAAACUGCUCAAAACGAUGAUAGUAAUUCAAAUAAGUUAGAAGAUCUGAAAAAGAAAAAGAAAGAAAAAAAUGAGUGCGGUGAUGAUCAUACUAAACUUGACAAUGAUAAUAAUGAGCAAAUUAAAGCUUCCUAUGCUAGUGAUAUACAAAAAGCAAUUCAAAAAAUGAUAAUAUCUAGUGAAAACAAACGAGAAGAAUCAACAAAAAAAAAGUCAUAUGCUUUUUGGGAAACUCAACCUGUUCCGAAGCUUGAUGAAGUUGUACCACCUAAUAUAAAUGAAGCAGUUGAAGAGGAUAAAUCAGAAAUACGUCAAGAACCUUUUACUCUGCCUGCUGGAUUUGUAUGGGAUACAAUAGUAAUAUCUGAAGAAUCUCAGCUGAAGGAACUGUACACAUUGCUCAAUGAAAACUAUGUAGAGGAUGAUGAUAAUAUGUUUCGCUUUGACUACUCUCCACAAUUUCUUCAAUGGGCUUUGAAACCACCUGGCUGGAAAUUACAAUGGCAUUGUGGUGUCCGAGUGGCAUCUAACAAAAAACUAGUUGGUUUCAUAAGUGCAAUACCUGCUCAUAUAAAAAUAUAUGAUAAAAAUGUGAGAAUGGUUGAAAUAAAUUUUUUGUGUGUGCAUAAAAAGUUGCGUUCUAAGAGGGUUGCACCUGUUUUAAUUCGCGAAAUUACUAGAAGAGUCAAUUUGGAAGGCAUAUUUCAAGCUGUUUACACUGCUGGCAUAGUAUUGCCAAAACCUGUUGGUACUUGUAGAUAUUGGCAUAGAUCAAUUAAUCCAAAGAAACUUAUUGAAGUAAAGUUUUCACAUCUUCGAAGAAACAUGACUAUGCAAAGAACUAUAAAACUUUACAAAUUGCCAGAAAACACUAAAGCAUCUUUAUCACCUUUAACUCCAGCUGAUUUAAAGAGUGCAUAUAAAAUAGUUUUCGAGUAUUUGAAGAACUUUCAACUAGCACCUAUAUUUACGGAGGAAGAAUUUGCACAUUGGUUUUUACCAAGGGAUGGUGUCAUUUCAUGCUAUGUUGUCAAAGACAUAGAUUCUGGCAAUGUUACAGACUUAGUUAGUUUUUAUCAGCUUCCGUCUACAGUAGUGGACCAUCCUAAAUAUAAUUCUCUAAAAGCUGCAUAUUCAUUUUAUAACGUGGUUACAAAGCAUGAUCUUACUUCAAUAAUGAAUGAUGCUUUAAUUCUGGCUAGAAAUAAUAAUUUUGAUGUUUUUAAUGCAUUAAAUUUAAUGCAUAAUGAAGAAUUUUUAGAAAAAUUGAAGUUUGGUAUAGGCGACGGAAAUUUAAACUAUUAUCUUUACAAUUGGAAAUGCCCAUCAAUUGAACCAUCUAAGACUGGAUUAGUGUUACAAUAAAUGCAAGGUAACUGUUUUCAAGGUUAAAAAACAUUAAAUCGAAUGAAAAUCAUAUGUAAAGGUAAUACGAAACUUUUAUAUUAGAAAGAAAUAGCAUCUGGUGCAGAAACAGUCAAAGUUGUAAAUAUUUUAAAUUUGCAACAUUUCAGAGCUUUAUAGUUUGUUUUUUUUGUUGUUGUUGUUUUUGUUUGUUUUUUUAUUUGCAGUAUUUAUUUUUUAGUUGUUUUUUAUUGAAAAUUCUGAGCAAAUAUAAUAAAUUAAGCAGUGUAAUUUAAAAAUCCCUCGAUAACUAUAAUAGGUAAUAUAAGUUUGAUUUAAAAAAAAAAACAGAGUGAAAUAGAAUUUUUAUUUUGUGAUUUUAAUGUUUUAAUUUAUUUUAUUAUUUCUUUUUUUUUAUUUAUUAGUAUGAUUUAAAGUGAAAUAUAAAUAGUUUUCUUACAGCUGUUAUAUCAUUCAUGACAUAAAAUUUCAGAUUUGACAAA